CCUGAACAUGUCAGCAAAACAGAGGGGGGAGGGGAUCCACUAAUGGCAGUCAUAUUUCUGAAGCUGAAAUAAUGCACUAGGUCCAAAUAUCGAUUUCUGUCGCCCAUAAGCUUCACAGCUGAUAGAUGUCCACGCCAACCGAUCCGUCUGUUGGAAUGUCCCAUCCUGGUCCUUCUCCAGGCGCUGGCCUGUCCCCAGGGCCCAUUCUAGGGCCCAGCCCUGGUCCGGGUCCCUCUCCAGGCUCUGUUCACAGUAUGAUGGGUCCUAGCCCAGGGCCUCCCAGCGUUCCCCAUAGCAUGCAGAGCCAGGGGACAGCAGACUAUUCACAGGAUGGCAUGCAUCCCAUGCAUAAGCCUAUGGAGGCAUUGCAUGAGAAGGGAAUGGGAGAUGACCUGCACUAUGGCCAAAUGAAAGGUGUUGGGAUGAGAUCUCUGCACAGUGGCAUGGGUCCUCCACAGAGUCCAAUGGAUCAGCACAGCCAAGGAUACAUGUCCCCCCACCCUUCCCCAAUGGGACCUGUACCAGAGCAUGUGUCAAGCCCCAUGUCAGGAGGGGGUCCUACGCCACCCCAGAUGCCCCAAACUCAGUCAGGCCCCAUGAUGCAAAUGGAUCCUCAGGGGAUGGGGCAACAGGGCCGCGGUCACUCUGCCUUUAGCCCUGUCCAACUGCAGCAGCUCCGAGCUCAGAUCCUGGCAUACAAGAUCCUGGGACGAGGACAGCCUCUUCCAGAGAACCUGCAGCUAGCCGUACAGGGCAAGAGAAGCCUUCCAACAAUGCAACAGCAGCCUGUCAACACUGGCCCUUACAACAGGCCUCCAGGUAUGCCGAUGUCCCAUGGAGGGCCUACGUCUGGCCCGUGUCCCACUCCAGCCAUGCAGACACAUGCUCAGAGCACGGGGCCAAAACCAUGGGCCGAGGGUCAAGGUGCUGAGGCCCCUGCUGGCCCCCAGAAGCUUCCUGUCCCAGCCCCAAGCGGCAGACCUUCUCCUGCCCCUCCCCAGGCUCCCACAGCCCCCCAGCCCAUUCCCAGCACUUCUCUCACCCCACAACCUCAACCCCCAGCCCAGCCUCAGCCACAGCAGCAACCACAGCAAGGUCCUGGUCAGCCCUCCCUCAUUAUCCAGCUCCAGCCGAAACAGAAUCGCAUCACCCCGAUCCAGAAGCCCCAGGGUCUGGACCCUGUGGAGCUCCUGCAGGAGCGAGAGUACAGGUUGCAAGCCAGGAUUGCCCACAGAAUUCAAGAGCUGGAGAACUUACCAGGUUCAUUGCCACCUGACCUGAGAACUAAAGCAACAGUCGAACUGAAAGCCUUGAGACUGCUCAACUUCCAGCGACAGCUCCGGCAGGAUGUAGUGGCUUGUAUGCGCAGAGACACCACUUUGGAGACCGCCCUGAACUCCAAAGCCUACAAGCGUAGCAAGAGGCAGACGCUGAGAGAGGCCCGCAUGACGGAGAAGUUGGAGAAGCAGCAAAAGAUUGAGCAGGAGAGGAAGCGCCGCCAGAAACAUCAGGAAUAUCUUAACAGCAUCCUCCAGCAUGCUAAGGACUUCAAGGAAUACCACAGGUCCAUUUCUGGAAAGAUCCAGAAGCUUUCAAAGGCCGUUGCCACCUGGCAUACCAAUACUGAAAGGGAGCAAAAGAAGGAGACAGAGAGAAUUGAGAAAGAGCGAAUGAGGAGACUAAUGGCUGAGGAUGAAGAGGGCUACAGGAAGCUAAUUGACCAGAAAAAGGACAAACGUCUAGCCUACCUGCUCCAGCAAACUGAUGAGUAUGUGGCCAACCUUACUACCCUGGUCUAUGAGCACAAGGCUGCUCAGGCUGCCAAAGAGAAGAAAAAGAGGAGAAAGAAGAAGAAGAAGGAAGAUGGAGAUGCUGAAGGACUUGGAGUAAUUGGUCCUGAUGGAGAGCCAAUAGAUGAGAGCAGUCAAAUGAGUGAGCUCCCAGUCAAAGUCAUCCAGACAGAGACAGGGAAGGUACUACAGGGCACAGAUGCCCCCAAGUCCAGCCAGCUGGAGGCCUGGCUUGAGAUGAACCCUGGCUAUGAAGUAGCCCCGCGGUCAGACAGCGAAGAGAGUGGCUCAGAGUUUGAAGAGGAGGAUGAAGAAGAGGUGGUCUCCAGAGCCGAAUCAGAAGAAAAGAAAAUCAUCGAUCCCAACAGCGACGAAGUGUCUGAAACUGCCGCCAAGAACAUCAUAGAGUCUGCCAAGCAGGAUGUAGACGAUGAGUACAGUGUCCAGGCGGGACAGACCAGUUCUCAGUCCUACUACGGAGUUGCCCAUGCUGUCAUUGAGAAAGUAGAGAAGCAGUCAUCUUUGCUGAUCAAUGGGACCCUCAAACAAUACCAGAUCCAGGGACUGGAAUGGAUGGUGUCCCUGUACAACAACAACCUGAAUGGCAUCCUGGCUGACGAGAUGGGUCUGGGGAAGACCAUCCAGACCAUUGCUCUCAUUACAUACCUAAUGGAACACAAGAGGCUCAAUGGCCCUUAUCUGAUCAUCGUUCCACUGUCGACCUUGUCCAACUGGGUUUACGAACUUGACAAGUGGGCACCAUCGAUUGUUAAAAUUGCGUACAAGGGCACACCGUCCAUGCGGAGGUCUUUGGUGCCACAGCUUCGCAGCGGAAAGUUCAAUGUGCUCCUCACCACCUACGAGUACAUCAUCAAAGACAAGCACAUUCUCGCUAAGAUUCGCUGGAAAUACAUGAUUGUUGAUGAAGGCCACCGUAUGAAGAACCACCACUGCAAACUGACCCAGGUGUUAAACACCCACUAUGUGGCUCCACGGAGGCUGUUGCUCACAGGGACCCCCCUGCAGAACAAACUACCUGAGCUCUGGGCCCUGCUCAACUUUCUGCUGCCCACCAUCUUUAAAAGCUGCAGCACUUUUGAGCAGUGGUUCAAUGCUCCUUUUGCCAUGACUGGAGAAAGAGUGGAUCUGAAUGAAGAGGAGACCAUCCUGAUCAUUCGCCGUCUUCACAAAGUGCUCCGCCCCUUCCUGCUGCGUAGACUGAAGAAAGAAGUGGAGUCUCAGCUGCCUGAGAAGGUGGAGUAUGUGAUUAAGUGUGACAUGUCGGCUAUCCAGAAGGUUCUCUAUAGGCACAUGCAAGGCAAAGGAAUCCUGCUUACAGAUGGCUCAGAGAAAGACAAGAAGGGUAAAGGAGGAGCAAAGACCCUGAUGAACACCAUCAUGCAGCUGAAGAAGAUCUGCAACCACCCUUACAUGUUCCAGCACAUUGAAGAGUCGUUUGCUGAGCACUUAGGCUACCCAAAUGGCAUCAUAAACGGUCCUGACCUGUACCGAGCUUCAGGAAAGUUUGAGCUGCUGGACCGUAUCCUGCCUAAGCUGCAGGCCACCAGCCACCGAGUCUUGCUCUUCUGUCAGAUGACCUCCCUAAUGACCAUCAUGGAGGAUUACUUCGCGUACCGCAACUUCCUCUACCUACGACUAGAUGGAACGACUAAGUCUGAGGACCGUGCCACACUGCUGAAGAAGUUUAAUGAUGAGGGCUCACAAUAUUUCAUCUUCCUGCUGAGUACCAGGGCAGGCGGCCUGGGCCUCAACCUACAGGCUGCUGACACUGUUGUCAUCUUCGACAGUGACUGGAACCCCCACCAGGACUUGCAGGCUCAGGAUCGUGCUCACCGGAUUGGGCAGCAAAAUGAGGUGCGUGUCUUGCGUCUCUGCACCGUCAACAGUGUGGAGGAGAAGAUCCUGGCUGCUGCCAAGUACAAACUCAACGUGGAUCAGAAAGUCAUCCAGGCCGGCAUGUUUGACCAAAAGUCCUCUAGCCAUGAGCGCAGGGCUUUCCUGCAGGCCAUUCUUGAGCAUGAAGAAGAGAACGAGGAGGAAGAUGAAGUCCCAGACGAUGAAACACUAAAUCAAAUGAUUGCCCGUAAUGAGGAGGAAUUUGAGCUUUUCAUGCGCAUGGACCUGGACCGGCGCCGCGAGGAUGCCCGUAACCCCAAGCGUAAGCCUCGUCUGAUGGAGGAGGACGAGCUGCCGGCUUGGAUCAUCAAAGAUGACGCUGAGGUGGAGCGGCUGACCUGCGAGGAAGAAGAGGAGAAGAUCUUUGGCCGCGGAUCACGCCACCGCAGGGAUGUUGACUACAGUGACACGCUGACCGAGAAACAGUGGCUGAGGGCCAUUGAAGAUGGCAACCUGGAGGAGAUGGAGGAAGAGAUCCGUCUGAAAAAGCGUAAACGGAGGAGACAUGUGGACAAAGGCAGCAGACGUGAAGAUGGGGAAAAGGCCAAGAAGAGGAGAGGACGCCCCCCGGCCGAGAAGCUUUCCCCUAAUCCCCCAAAACUCACCAAACAGAUGACUGCCAUCAUUGAGACUGUCAUCAACUACAGAGAUGGAUCAGGCCGGCAGCUUAGUGAAGUCUUUGUGCAGCUGCCUUCCAGGAAGGAGCUCCCAGAGUACUAUGAACUGAUAAGGAAGCCGGUGGACUUCAAGAAGAUCAAGGAGAGAGUGCGUAACCAUAAGUACAGAAGCCUGGGCGAUUUGGAGAAGGACGUAAUGCUUCUUUGUCACAAUGCUCAAACCUACAAUCUGGAAGGUUCCCAGAUCUAUGAGGACUCCAUCGUACUGCAGUCUGUGUUUAAGAGUGCCCGGCAGAAGAUUGCCAAAGAAGAGAGCGAAGACGACAGCAAUGAUGAUGACGAUGAUGAUGAGGAGUCAGAGGCUGAGUCCAAGUCGGUGAAGGUGAAGAUCAAGCUGAGCAAGCGAGAGGAGCGCAGCCAAGACAAAGGCAAGAAGCGGCCAAGCCGGGCCAAAGCCAAACCUGUGGUCAGUGACGAUGACAGCGACGAGGAGCAGGAGGAGAAUGAGCAGUCUGAGGGCAGCCCCACAGAAGACGAGUGAUGAGGACGAGACCAGCUGAUAGUCGCCUGAUCCUUCCAUUAUUUCCUAAUUCUUUUUUUGUUUUUUUUUUCGUUGUUUUUCUCUUUUUUUCCAUCACCAGCAUCUGCUCCUCUGCUGUUUUUCUGCUUGGUUUCAGAAGUCACAUUCAUUGGCUUGUUCUCUCCAGUGCAGUAGAGGUACUGCUUUUUUCACAAGUGGCUGUUUAAUCAAUCCAUCAUGUGGCUUCACUACACAUACUGAGGAAACUGAUUGUGUAUUCUUGUAUGUAUUUUAUCCCUUAUGCAAUAUUUUACAUACUUUACCUAAAAACACAUUAAUGUGUGGUUGGAGAGAAGAAGGGCAGAAAAGCUUCAUAGUUCAUUUAUAAGCUACCAAAAGGAAAAGAAUAAAAAGAUUUAUAUCUAAAAGUUUCUAUUUGAUAAUAUAGAUGCACAUGGUCAAACCAAGCUCUUUGUAUUCAUAUUCUCUGGCAGUUACACUUAAAGUGAUGUUCCCACCACAUGAGUUCAUGCCCUUAAACUUACGUGUUGUUGUGAUUAUUAGUAACAAGCUAAGCAGAGAUUUAAGAAGUGAAGGGAUAUCUUGGGAUUAGUCUUUGAUAUAGUCCGCUGAUUGACCUGAUGCUGUUUUCAGCAGCUGGAGAGGCCUGAGGAGGUUCUCCAGUGUUUUUUUGAGAUUCACUUAGACAUAACAGACUUCUAGACUUCGUCUGUUCACUUCAUUCGGGCCUCUCUUGUGUCUCGCCUUUAAUACCAACUCUCACAGAUAUUUUUGUAUUCUCUUUUCAAAGGUUUGCGGUUUUGUUAAGAGGCAGAACAAUUUUUUGGGGAAAAAACUCAUUGUAAGCCUUGAUACUGUAUUGAUAUAUUGAUAUGAACAUGUAUCUAAUUAUUUUGAAGUUGAUGCUGUUUUUUUGUCUUGUUCAUGAGCUUACGUAUACCAGUAUUAGUGUCUGUUUUUCUCUCCUAAUGUCUGUCAUCUUGUUGCCGUUAUAUACAUACUCUGCUUGUCACCUUUUCUGAAGUGUCAAUCUUUGCUUUCUUUGCACAAUGUCUUUGUGGUUGUAUCUCAUAGCCCAAAGUAAAUAAAUGUCAGAUUUUGAA